AUGGGGGGAGAUGUGAGCGAAUGGGACUUUGAUCUUGAACAAUUCAUAUAUGGGCACACAGUCUCAGCCCCUGUGCCUCACUUUGGAGCUGGAAACGCCGGACCUCUGGGCCGUCGCGUUAGACGAGGACAGCAAAUUAUUAUGGCUUGCCGACAACUCUACCCUCCUCCAUCCAGCUCGGAUACCGAGACGCACAAGAUUGACAUCUUCGCUGUCCAUGGUCUCAACCCGCGGAGCAAAGAUAUCUCGGCCCACGCGUGGGAUACAUGGCGCGCACCAGAGGGUCCAGAGGGCCGUCUUUGGCUGAAGGAAGACCUUCCCCACGUUGUGCCCGAUGCGAGAAUAUUACUGUAUGAGUACGACUCCAAAGCUGUCUUUGGCAAGGACAGAUCCACCUUCGUUGACAAAGCAACAGAGCUCCUGGAGACUGUGCGAUGCGAACGCGACAAGGAUGAUACUAGACCGAUACUAUUUAUUGGACACUGCCUCGGGGGGUUGUUGAUCAAGCAAGCCCUGAUCAACGCUCACAACAACCCCAAGUUCACCGAGAUCAAGGAUGUCACCACAGGCCUGGCCUUCUUUGCGACACCCCACAACGGCGGAGACUGGAAGCUUCUGAGCCUUGAAUCUCCCGUGGCCAGAGUUGCAACUGCCACUGGCUUCCAGCCCGGAGACGACGUCAUGGAAGUGUUGAGAGAGGGCAGUCUGUUUUCCGACAUCUUGACCGAGAUGUGGCAGCACCAAAUGAUGAAAUAUGAUAUCAUCUCGUUCUGGGGUUCCGAAGAUUAUACUGUUUCCCCAAAGAGCGCCAAGCUUGGUCUUCCAGGCAAUGUCGAAAACGUGGUGAAGCUCAACGGCGACCACAGCUCGCUGUGCAAGAUCGGCACCACACAGAAAGACCAAGACAACCUCAAGAAGAUUCGACGAAAUAUUGAGGAUAUCUACAGCAAGGCGUUGGAGAAACAACCACAGCCAGCCAUCAGUCAGCCUAGGAUUCCGAUCAUUAAUGGCUGGGAUGGCCAGGACCGACCCUCCCCUCCGGUGCUUCCACCACGACCGAUGUCGGCACAAAACACCCCUGGAAGGAGAUCCGUCUCGCCGCAGCCUCCCGCCUUUUUCUCACCACCAUCUGACCCGGGCUAUGUCUCGUCAGAACCCGGCGCGCAGGAAAUCUAUGGCGACAUAUAUCUCCCCACUGACCCAGCUGAUACAGUUCGAGAGGCUGAACUCAGAAACGCCAACAAGUGGGAAGAAGUGCGCCAGUUGGAACGACAGGUAUUUGAAGAGCACCAGCGGGCGCUAAGCCAGGAGAACGCCGAGACCAUCAGUGCAGCGUAUGAGAUCGCCUACACGGCGAAUGGCACGGGUCAUCUUCUAGACUGCGAAAGAUGGACCGGCUGGGCGCUUCAAGUCGGCGGCCAAUUCUUGAACCCCAAGCAUCCCCUGAUCCUGAAGCUCAACAGGCUCGAGGGCGAGAUCCUCACGGACAAGGGCGACUGGGAGGACGCCGAAAACAUCUUGGCCAACACUCUAGUCAACCAACAGGAUGCCCUCGGUCCCAACCACCACGAUACUCUCACAAUGAGCGUGCUCCCGGGAUGGCUGCAGCACCGUCUCGCAGCCCUCUCCGAAGUGCUGGGCGAUAACCACGUCCUGGUAGUGUCGGCAGUGAUUGACCUGGUCGAGAUCAGUACCCCCUCGCCAGACGCAGACCCUUAUGUGAUCUCUGCCGAAGUCGGCAUCCGAAACCUCUACAAUAAGCUCAGGCAGUCGGUCGGUCCCACCAACCAGGUCACCCUCCGCGCGCUGAGGAACCACGGCAAGCUCAAGAUCCUGCUGGGUGAUAUCACCGAGGCCGGCGACUUGCUACGUCGAGCCAAGUCCCAGACGGAGAAGACGCUCGGGCUAGACCACCUCGAUACCAUGGCCGCGGUGGUGGCCAUGGCAAUACUCUACGCCAAGACAGGCACCCCACGGCCUGAUGUCUUCCCGGCUGCGUCAAGGCCCUGGAUGGAGCUUUACCUCAAGUGGCUGGAGCCGAGGAAAGGACUCAAGGUUGCAGAGGUCCAGAAUGCGCCAUGCUGGGCAUGUCAAGCCGAAAUGUGCUUUGAGAAGCUGGUGACGGCGUAUCAAGGGACGAAGAAGCAGGGGAGUACAGAGUCCCAGCAGGCGAGCAUGUGGCUUGAGACGUGUAGGAUGACCACGCGUACCAUGGGGGUCGCGAGGAACAGGGGGUAUGGGGGAGGUGGGAAUGGUGGUAACGGGGCAAGGGGAGGCGGUGGUGGGGGAGAUCUUGCCAACCUGCUGGCCACGUUGGGGCUUGGGAGAAAUAGGUGA